AUGUUCAAGCUGCACGCCGAGUUGGAAUUGGAUGAUGAGGAACAAGAACUCGUUCAGCGCUAUCGGCUGUCAAACGUCGCGUUGGUGGUGAGCGAUCCGCUGGACGAUCUGCGGCAAGCCUUCCGACCGGCGCUGUUCUUGGGGAUCGUGACUUUUGCCGUCGUGUGGUUUCUGCAGGCACUGAUGACGGCUGUCGGAGUAUCCGGGCUCGUCGUGCUGGUCAUGACCAUUAUCUAUUUCCGGACGCUGCGAGAGCAGAUCAUAUUGUCCAAUCUCACCGAAGGCGGGCGGACCUUUUAUUGCGACAGCGUCGUCACCCUGAUCCACAAGCAAGCCUAUCUUGAACGCAUCUGCAGCUAUCUCCGGCAGGUCCUUGAGAGCGCCAAAAACUGGGACGAUCGCGAACGGCCGUUCUGGAAAGCAGCUUCCUUGUCGUUUGAUCCCAUCUAUCGCGGCUGGGGCCUGCGCUCCGAGACGGCCCGGCGCCUGAAGCAAGCCAUCACCCGCUUCGGCCUGUCUCGCGAGGCGCGGCAGGUGGCCGAGCUGGCCGAUCGUGUCGCCGCCGAGUGCCACGCGUUUGGCUUUGAUACCGAGAAUGGCCAGCACGUUCUGGCCGAGACGAUCGCAUCCGAUGUCCUUGGUCGGUUUGUUGAUGAUGAAGAUCAGGUUCAGCACCUGCCGCUCUUUAGAACGCUAACGGACUGUCUGCGCGAGUUGAUCAUCACCGAGCGCUGGUUCGCGCUGCCGCACGAGACGGUCGCGGGGGUAACGCCGGCGCGCAGCGAGCUGUGGGAGCUUGAGGAUGGGCUGAAACGCACCGCGUGUAUCCUCGCGGACUUUGAUGCGGCUAUGGCGGCCAUCGCCGAUCUGUUUGCCGUCUCCCUCGCCCCCAUCAUCAAGCAGGUGCCCGCUCUUCUGGCUGACCACAGCGACACCGAAGCCGGCGAUGUGCGGUUUCAAACAGUGCUGACCGAAACGCUGAGCGAACUCCCCGACAUCGUGGAGAGCAUGCUUCACGCUCCGUUUGCGCCGGAGUUCGCGGAACAGGACACGAUGCAGGCGUUGAGAGCACGGCUGCAAUACAAUCUGAUCCUGGCUUCAGGCGGCACACCCGAAGACCCGCGCGCCUUGGAAAAAGCCACGCGUUUCCCCACCAAGGCGCCGCCCAUGCCGCCGCGCACGCUGAUUGAGACCUAUCUUGGCGGCACAUCGCUUGCCGGCCUUUUUGAUGUCCGCGUGCCCAUCACCAUCCCGCAAGCCACGCGUUUUGAGCACCAGCACAUUGUUGCCGGGUCCGGUCACGGCAAGACACAAACGCUGCAGCAUUUCAUCCUGCACGAUCUUGGAGUCGUCGCUGCCGGCGAGGCAUCCAUCAUCGUCAUGGACAGCCAGAGCGAUCUUAUCAACACGAUCGCUGGUCUGGCUGAGUUCGCGCCCGGCGGACCGCUCGCCGACCGGCUGGUCUUGAUUGACCCAACCGACGUUGAAUGGCCGGUGGCCCUCAAUCUCUUUGAUUUCGGCCUUGACCGGAUUGAUCAGUACUCGCUGCUGGACCGCGAACGUCUCAUCAACGGGGUCCUGGAGCUUUACGAUUUCGUGCUCGGGUCAUUGCUGGAAGCGGGCAUGACGCAGAAGCAAAACGUCAUCUUCCGGUACAUCACCCGGCUCUUGCUCCAUAUCCCAAAUGCCACCAUCCACACCUUCAGGGAACUGCUGGAGGAUGGCGGCUUGGAUCGCUAUUGGCCCUAUGUGGACCAACUGACCGGUUCGGCCCGCGCCUUCUUUGAAACCGAGUUUGAAAGCCGCGAGUUCGUCUCAACGCGCCGGCAGGUGCUGCGCCGCCUUUACGGCAUCCUUGAAAACCAGACCUUUGAGCGGAUGUUCAGCCAUCCCAAGAGCAAGCUGGACCUCUUUGCCGAGAUGAAUGCCGGCAAGGUCAUCCUCAUCAACACCGCCAAGGAUCUCCUUAAGGAGAACGGAACCGAGAUUUUUGGCCGCUUCUUCAUCGCCAUGAUCGCCCAAGCCGCGCAGGAACGCGCCGUUCUCGCAAGGGAUCGGCGCUUGCCGACCUAUGUCUACAUUGACGAAGCCAACGACUAUUUUGACCGGACCAUCGGCACGAUCUUGAGCCAAGCUCGCAAAUAUCGGGUCGGCAUGGUGCUCGCCCACCAAUAUCUCGGGCAGCUGGACGGCAAGCUGCAUGAAGCCAUCGCCGCCAACACGGCCAUCAAGCUGGCCGGCGGCGUCUCAGCCAAGGAUGCCCGGGCAUUGGCUAUCGAGCUGCGCACCGAUGCCAGCUUCAUUGAGGCCCAGGACAAGCUUCAGUUCGCAGCGAUGGUGCGCGGCACGACCAAGCGCGCGGUUUCCAUAGCCAUUGAACCGGGCCGGAUGGAAGCGCAGCCCCGUCUCUCCGAGGAGCAACGCCACGCUCAGCGAAACGAGAUGCGGGCCGCCUAUGCCGUGCACUAUUCCACGCUGACGGCCAGUGUCGCCGACACCGAGCCAACCGAGGAGGAGACACCGGACCCAGAUGCCACCGACCAAGAGGCCGACGACGAUCACGAACCGAUGGAGUGGAGACUGGACUGA